UACAGAUCGGACCAGAAGCAGGCGGGUAAAAAUCAAGGCCAGUUUUCAACAUAGCAGCGACAAUAAGAAUUUAGGCAAUGUGGAUCGUGUUCCAUUGGCUGAUAUCACUCGGCGUAUGCAGGCAUCUCGCUAUACUGGAAGUUCUGACUAUACUACUUUUUCAAUGGAUGAAUACGAUAAUGGCGUGGUUGCUUAUAACAGUAAUGCAGAAAAUGUGCAUUGUGGACACGGAAACACUAACCCAUUUCAAGUGUCAUCACAGUCCUCCACCCUCAAGGUUGCUACUGAGCCUAAUCAUCAAGACUCAAUCUGUCCACCUGUGCAUUUACCUCUCAAAUCGAACCCUGCAAUAUCCACUGCAUCUGCACCCCCUCAAAAACAAACUGUAUCUAGGCUUGUACGAGCAUCUGCUGGGCAAACCACACGUCAACCGCUUUUGAAAAACGCGGUACAUGUGCAUAAAUCUUUUCAAGUAACCAAGGAAGGUGAAGAUACGACAAAAAGGCUUCAUCCCUCAAAUGAAGCUUUAGGAAAGCCAAAGCCUGCGCGUAAACCCAAGCCCAUAUCAGCCCUUAGGUCUAUGCGAUAAUUGCAUAUUGAUUUGUCAGCAGUAUAAGAGUGGUAUAUUACUAUGAAUCGUGAAUGCAGUCCUGCCUAAAUCUUUCCACACUAUAAAGGGCUAUGGCUUAUGGACUCUUGUGAUUUGAAAGUGGUUUACCAGCUCAAUAAAAAAUGUGUUUGCUG